UCCGCAUCUCAUCUCGUCCUCAACCACACCUGCUUCCCCUCACUAUCUCAUUUGCACUUCAUUCAACCGUGAGAUUUUCACACCUCAGAUCGGCACUGUUCCUUCUUGAUCGAAAUUCUAUUGUUACGUCACAGGAGAGCAAUAUCAAAUCGACAUCCAUCGCGACAAACGCGGGAGUUGAUGCGGCGACGGCAUCAAGAUGGUGGUCUGCUCCUUCUUUCAGCAGGGGCGCUGCAAGUUUGGUGAUCGCUGCAAGUAUGAACAUCCGGGCCGAGCCACAGCUGGUGCAUCUGGCAAUCGGUAUGGUGCACUCUCUGGUGGAGGGUUUGGAGGUAAGAUACCUUUUUUUCAGAAAGACCCAGGAUCAAUUUCGGACAAGCUGGCCUGAGUUUGUGGCGGAAACGUUUGCCCUUGCUCUGCGCCGGCAAGGUCUAAAGCUCGUCCCGAUCAUCUCCUGCUGUUUAUUUAUUACACCUGCACAGUCCUUCUCUCUACUCUCGCAAUCGCUUGAAUCUGCGAACCUCUGCCUUCCAUCUGGGCAUUCAGCAACUAAACACCAACACCAUGCCUAAAAUCCGGGCCUGGCUUGCUAAGCGAUUCGCUAACCUACGUGGUUCCUUAGGCCAGCGAGCAGGGCCUACCCAGCAAAAUUCAAACUAUGGCGUGACAGCCGACGACAUCAAAGCCGACCUCACAGCCGGGAAGAGUCGACCAGAAUGGGUCUUCUCUUCAUAUGCUCCGACUCGCAAUGUCCCGCGUCAGCUGUUUGGGGGCCCUCAGCGAGAGCUGAGCAUGGAAGAGAUGCGCCUCCGCCACUAUGAAAUGACAGCCGCGGGAAGCAUGGACCAGGCCGUUCAGGAGGCACAGGCUUUGUGGCAAGAAUCCGUGAAUCAAAUGGACUCCGCCUUGAAUGAUCUCGACGGUGCUGUCAAGUACAUUGUCGACGGCGGCAAUGAACACCCCAACCGCAUUGAUAUUACCUCUGGAGCUCAGCAAUCGCCCUUUGGCCAACCCUCGGCUGGUCCAGCUACUGGCGCUUUCGGAACCGCCAAUGCACCUGCUACGGGAUGGGGAAAGCCCUCGGGCUUCGGACAGCCUGCGGCCCUUGGUCAGUCAUCUACGCUCGGACAACAGGGGUCUGCCUUUGGACAGCCAUCAACUGUCGGGCUGUCAUCAGCCUUCGGACAGCCCUCGACCAUGGGCCAGGCUUCGGGCUUCGGGCAGCCAUCCACCUUGGGUCAGGGUUCCGCCUUUGGCCAGCCCUCAACUAUUGGCAGUGCUCAAAGCGCAUUUGGAAAGCCAGCAUUUGGUCAGUCAGGACUCGCACAAGCCGGAAAUACCCAGUCUGCGUUCAGCCAGCCUACCUUUGGCCAGCCCGCUGCUCCGGCGACUGGUGCAUUCGGUGCACCCUCGGGUGCUUCUCCAUUCACACAGGUCUCGCAGAACCAACCCGCUACGGGCUUCGGUGCCCUCGCCGGACCGUCGCCAUUCGGACAGCCACCAGCUCAGCAACAGCCUGCACCAGGAACAGGUGGCUUUGGUCAACCGACUGCGCCAUUCGGACAACCUGCCCAGACCGCAUCACCGUUUGGCCAAGUCCCACAGCAGCAACAGCAACCCGCUGCAGCCGCUCCAUUUGGACAGACAUCAGCCCCAGCUAAUCCCUUCGGUGUCCCUUCUACACAGCAGUCCGCACCCUCGCCCUUUGGUCAGCCUGCCGCUCCACAGGGCGUGAUCGUCGAGAAUGUCAAUGCCGGUCCUCGUGCAUUCAUCAAAAUUGAUGAUCCCAAUGUGUUGAAUCCUCUUCCACAACUGGAGGGUGAGACUCGACGUGAUCCUAACAACAAUCGCCUCAUCAUGUGGAAGGGCCGUCCGGUGAAGUACGUCAACGAUGCCCCCUGCUACCUUCACCCUCAGGACAACAAGACCUACGUUCGCAUUCAUUUCCCAGAUGGCCCGCCAGACGACGCCAGUUUGCGUGAUUCUCAGCCGAAUCCUGAGGAUUACACGCCAGAAAUCGAGGAGAUGUACAAGUUCUUCCUUGAAAACGGCUACUUCAAGGACGGCAUCAUCCCGCCUGUGCCCCCCAGAAGAGACCAUAUCAGUUUCGACUUCUAGUCGUCUUCUGAUGAAAGGAUGCUUUCAUGCAUCUUGUCCGAACAAUGCAUUUGUUCCUUUCGUUUCAUUUUCGUCUCUUUUCUUUCGCCAAGGGACAAAGCUGGGAGGCGUGUCCCUUAGUGAACCCGACACGGUGGAGGCGUUCUCGGUGUUAGGCGGAUUGCAGACACAAAAGCAUUUCGCAAGUCCAGUAACAAUCAGCUAUUAUGACAAUGCAAAUCUACGACGGCUAGUAGCCUGUACAAUGGCUCAAAGCAUUAUUUUCUCAAGAUGUUUCCAUUUUUUUGUCUUUCAGGUUGUAGCGGGUAUCUACCACAAUGCUCCAACAUAGGCUCGUAGUAAACGACCAACAGUUUUCGAGAGCCAGCAAUUCGCUCGGCACUAUAGACAAUCGAUCCCGAGACCCUCCCUGAUUCCAUUGCGGAACUAGUGCAUUUAAGCAGCAAUGGUGACCUCAACCUCAACACCGGCCUCGAUGUUGAUGAUGAUCUGCUUGACGGUCUCGGUGGGGGCGAGGAGGCUAAAGGACAGCAAUUAGCCAGGCUAUUCUUGGCCAUUCAGAUGUUACAUAACGGGUUCAGUGCCCCGCCAUGUCCAUAUUCAAGAAUCCGGGGAAACUUACUCGAUGAGACGCUUGUGGAUGCGCAUCUCGAACUUGUCCCAGGUCUUGGAACCCUCACCGUUGGGGGUCUUACGGGUGGAGAUGUUCAGGGUCUUGGUGGGCAGACGGACGGGGCCCUUGACCUGCAGGGACUUGGAGCGAGCACGGUCGAUCAGCUCCUGGCAGACCUUCUCGAGGGAGGCGACCUUGCGGGAGGUGAGGGUGAUGCGGAUCUUGUGGACCUUCUGUAGAGGGCAUUAGCAAUCUAGAAAGCCUGCAAUCCGCGUGUAUUUGUCGACAGCGACAUCCUCGCGCGCAUCAAUGCGCUAGCGACGGAGUAUCUGCCAAGCGAUUUGACGGGCGGUUGUUGUAGGGUGUCACGUACAGGGCCCUCGCCGAACUCCUUCUCGGGCUUCUGGAAAGACAUCUUGAGUUGAUUGAUGGGUGUUUAGACGGAAUGCCGGUCAAGACCUGAACUGCUGGGCUCGGUAAGGUGAUGAUGGCCGAU